UUUCCUUUUUCUUGGAUCUGUUCAAGCCUGCUCUGGACUGAACACCCAGAAGAGCACCGGCAGCUCCACCUGAGGCCCCUUGGCCGGGCCUGGGCCGCGGCAUUUCCAGCACCAGAGAGACUGAUCAGAAACUGAGUGAGACGAACUGCAACCUGGGGAGGGGACUGUUCUGAGUUUGUUUUUUUGGAGCAGUGAGAAGUUAUAUUGUUUGGGUUCUAUUGUUUAAUAAACAGGUUUCUUUCCACUUUUUCUCCAAGGAGAUAUUUUCUCCCGAACCGGUUGGGGGGGAGGGGGCAAUUGAAUCUGCUUUCGUAGAGAAGCCCCUUUGGAGGUUAUCUCCCAAACUUGCCCUAAACCAGGACAAGUACAGUUAGUGGCGCCCAACGCGUGGCUUGAGAAAGUGGAAAAAAACCCUUUAUUGAUUGCAGGUUGGUUGUGCUUGCUGUGUAGUAGGUUAAAGUACCCAGUAUCCAUGUUGCUUGAAUUUGUAAUGUUUCUUGGGGAGGCCUUUAUGUGGCUCUGGUCUCUAGACCUUUUUGAGGUUUCAAUACCUUUCUGGUCACUAGGAUUAUUGUCCCUAUCACGUAGUUUUUGCAGUAAAGGGGCACGGAUUGGAAUAGCUAUUGUGAUGGCCUUGGUGAUAAUGAUUUAUAGGGCGUUUACAAAGAUACUGGCGUCUGUUUACGAUAUGUAUGGUUUAUGGUUUCUUCGUCCUACCCUGCAUCCCAGUUCUAGCAGUAUGUUUUGGGAAUUUAUUAGUAAUUGCACCCAGCUGGUUAAAGGAAGAGCAGGGAAUGAGGCUUUCCAGCCUUUCCUUUCCUGCUUCUCCUUUGAAUCUGUUACAUCACUUUUUGAGAAUGUUCAGUUUCCCCUGAAUGUUAAAGAAACCAUCUUUCUGGCAUUUAAUUUAUUAAGCCUUUUCUAUACUGUCUGGAGUGUAUAUAAAAUGAAAGCUGAGAUUUCUAGAGGGGUUAGAGAGACUCCUGAUUCAGGAGUAAAACAAAGUAGGAAAAAUCUUGACUGGAGUGGGAAAUGGGAGGAGAUGGGCCAGACUUUAAAGGAAUUUUCUGAUCCUAUAGACUGGGACUUCCCAUCUGAUCAAAUUCAGAACCCAAUCGAGGUGGCAAAGUAUUUGAGGGAGAAGUGCCAUGGUAAUACUAAGGAGGAAAGGAUUACUGCAGUGAGCUGGGCCUUGGCGUUUGUUUACCGUACUCUGCUAGAUACUGUGGAGCAGCAGAUAGCAGAAAGGGAACAGGGAGAUAAGUUAGUUACUAUCCCAGUGACCCAGGCUGCAGCUAACAUCCCAGGCUCCAGGCUAGCAGCUGAAUCAGACAAUAGGCCUCAACCCAUGGCUGUUGCAGCUAAUACAAGAGGUGGAAAGUGUAAAGACAAGACCGAUCGAAAGGUGGAGGAUGAUGAUGAUGAUCCAGGAGAAGGACCCUCACCAAAAUCAGAGGCCACAUCAAGGGGCACAGAUUCUGGAGCCAAUAUUGACUCCUUUUCUCUGAAGGACCUCAGAGGCCUAAGAAAAGAUUACAGACGACAACCUGACGAAUCUAUAAUUAGUUGGUUAGUCCGCCUCUGGGAUGCUGCAGGGGAGGUUAUGAUUUUGGAUGGUACUGAAGCGAGGCAUUUGGGAUCCCUGUCACAUGAUCCUGUCAUCGAUCAAGCAGACACGGUGGAAGACCAUAGAACAGGGAAUCCAACGCCUGAGAGAGAUGGCGGUGGCAGAGCUCAUUUUCUCAGAUGAUAUAACAACUAGGAAUCCGGACCAGGUACCAUGCACACCUGUAAUGUGGAGGAAACUUGUGCGACUUGGGCCACCUGAAUACGCCUCAGCCCUAGCAAUAUUGAAGCGGGAUGACACAUAUGAGACUGUGCUCGAUAUGGCGAAGAAGCUUCGAGCGUAUGCAGAUGCUGUGCAUGGCCCAACUCAUGCCAGAAUUGCAGCAGUGGAAACACGACUGCAGAAACUAGAGGACAAAAUAGAGGAGAACCAUAAGAAACUCCGGGAAGAGAUUAAGGAGGACCUUAUUCAAAUCUCGGCUGUACAAAUUAGAGGCCCUGGUACCCAACGCAGACGUUCCCCAGAUGGAGAGAGAAGAUACACCCCACGAGCUGAGCUGUGGUUUUUCCUGCGUGAUUGUGGAGAAAACAUGAGGCGAUGGGAUGGAAAAUCCACGGCUGCUCUGGCCCGACGGGUGCGUGAAUUGAAGGAAGACAGGGCUCAGAGAGAA